AUGCUGAGUGGAGAGAGCGACCAGGCCAAGGACGUGUUGUUUCUGUUUAACAAAAUGGAGAAGAUGAAACUGGACUUCUGUAUUGGCAACACGGAGCUGUGCAGCGACCCCAAUGAGGCCCUCCCCUCCGGGGCAGUGGUGGUGAACCUGCUCAGGAAAUACUUGCUGCCUGAGGUAAGGGCCCACAACACACGUUUAGUCAGUUACUUACAGUAGAAUGUGAUGUGUGCUAAGGAAGUGCUGUUUGAGCAAUGCAGAGACAGUACUACCAUAAAAUAAAACAGAAAAAUACAUUAUGUUACCAUUCAAGGCUAUCAAGUUCAGUAUGUCCAUUUCCAACCCCAGUAAGUUUUGAUGAAAAAUGUUCAGUAAUGUAUAUUUAUUGAUAAUUUAACUCAAUUUUCUUAGGCCAGUAUUUUGGUCACCACCAGGUUGUCUGCCCUUGACCACAGCCCUACGAAGUAUGUGAAACGCUAUGCACAGAUAUGUGGCUUCAAUGACCCAAAUCGCAAGCGAGCAUACUUCACAAGCCGACUGCUGCAACAGAUUGGAGAGAAGCCGAGAAACCAGGAGGCCCAGUCCCUCAUCAAGCUGCUUUGCCUCAACCUACAGAGGGAGAACCACUUUUUACCUUCCUAUUGCUGGCUGACUUGUGCCAUCCUCCACUUUUUACAUUUCCCAUAUGUACGCUAACUGGUAUCUAUACCAGCUUCCUGAGGCUCAACUUUGGAGAGGAGGUGCUGACAUGGGUGGGGGAGUAUCUUCUCUAGAGCACCAGAACUCGUUGAUGCUCUAUGUAGUCUGCACUGUGGGCAAACUGGCCUUUGACGGAGUCAACAAAAAGCACACUUCCUUCUCCAAAGAACUGGAACAGACCAAAACAGACGAGGAACUGCGUCAGCUGGCCGUGUUCCCGCACUGAUGUUCUCGACUUCUACCUGGUGCCUUGCGUCGAGACCAAAGGGUCAGAGGUUGAUGAAAAGAAGAUGCGCUACGUGUUUGCCAUUCUCGCCAUGCAAGAGUACCUGGCUGCCCUGUACGUCGUCCUCAGUGAGAACAAGACAGCUCUGGAGAAGCUGAGCAAAGAGGUGACCGUGGCCAUCGGCCAAGUGGGCGGAGACGUCAACACCCUCAUCAGCAUCAUCUCCAAGUUCAUCCCCCUCAGGGUCUUCGCUGUCUUCAACCUGCUCAAGCUUUUCCAAGCCUGUUUGAGAUGAUCUGCAGCCGCAGCAAGGUCCGCAUCGCCCGCACCAUGGUGGCAGAGAUGUUCCGCACCCAGGACAGCUUCAACGAAGACGUGCUGGACCAAGUAGAGCAGAGCCUUCCCCAGGAGCGCCUGGACAGCCGGGCCUUCGAGCUCUACCCCAUCUUCAUGGGCAGCCUGCUUCACUACGGGAACCGGGUUCUGCUGGAGCAGCUGGACUGCAACAUCAAGAGCACCACGGUGGCUCAGAUCAAACGGACCCUCAAGAAGCACCUGGCGGCGGAGAUCGUGAAGUGGCAGCCCCCUGAGGAGCUCAUGGACCUGAUGGUUCUCCUCUACAUGUUCCAGAUCCACGGCAGAGGUUCUGCUCUCCAUCUGCAGCAUCAAGCUGUCCACCGUGCGCAUGACGCCCCUCAAGUGCUUCGUCCUAAGCUCUGUGCUGGCCUGCGCACCCUCGAGAUACCACCUGGAGGAGCUGGAUCUUUCUUCCUGUCACCUGACCAAUGACCUGCUGACCAUGCUGUGGCCCGCCUUCCACCACACGCACAACCUC